CAGGGGCGCCUGCAGCGGCGGAGGGCGGCAGAGGCGGCUGAGGCGGCUGCGCGAGGCGGCUCCAGGGCGCCGCCAUGACCAUCACGUACACCGCCGAAGUGGCCACGUGCCGCGGCCUGGGCUGCUUCUGGAAGCUGCUCUUCAGGUGGCGUGGUAGCAUCUACAAGCUGCUGUGGCCCAACCUUGUGGUGUACUCCGUGGUGUACUUCAGUCUCAGCGGCAUUUAUCGCUUUGUGCUGAACGAUCAACAGCGAGAGUUAUUCGAGAAGGUGUCGCUACACUGCCAGGCGUACGGAGACCUUAUCCCCAUCGCUUUCGUGCUGGGUUUCUAUGUGUCCAUCGUCAUCAAGCGAUGGUGGGAGCAGUACAUCUGCAUGCCCUGGCCCGACAACCUCGCCAUGUUCGACGACCGCGGGCGGCUGAUGCGGCGCACCAUCAUUCGCUACGUGAACCUGUGCCUGGUGAUCACGCUGCGCAUGAUGAGCCCGCGCGUCAAGAAGCGCUUCCCGACGCUCGACCACCUGGUGGAGGCCGGCUUCAUGCAGCCCAACGAGAAGAAGAUCUUCGAGGACCUGGACCAGAAGACGACGCACCCCAAGUACUGGAUGCCGCUGGUGUGGGCCGGCGGCAUCGUGACGCGCGCGCGCAAGGAGGGCCGCGUCAAGGACGACCACGCCACCAAGACGCUCAUCGACGAGCUCAACACGUUCCGCGGCGGCUGCGGCGGCAUGCUCAACUACGACUGGAUCAGCAUCCCGCUCGUAUACACGCAGGUGGUGACGCUCGCAGUGUACGUGUACUUCGUGGCGUCCCUCAUGGGCAACCAGUUCCUCGACCCCACCAAGAACUACCCCAAGCACCAGGUGGACCUCGUCGUGCCGGUCUUCACAUUCUUGCAGUUCUUCUUCUACAUGGGGUGGCUGAAGGUGGCCGAGUCCCUGGUGAACCCCUUCGGCGAGGACGAUGACGACUUCGAGCUCAACUGGCUGGUGGAUCGCAACCUCCAGGUGUCGUACGUCAUCGUGGACGAGAUGCACCAGGAGCACCCGGAGAUGGUGAAGGACCAGUACUGGGACGAGGUGUUCCCGGUGGAGCUGCCGUACACGGCGGCUAGCAAGCAGUACCAGACGGGCGGGCCGCCGGUGUCCACGGACCACGUGGAGGUGUCGGUGGAGCAGGCCGAGUUCAUGCCACUGCUCGACCCCGCGGCGGAGAGCGACCUCAGCGACGACCACGACGACGGCGACGGCGAUGUGAGC